UCUGUGCACUCCUUCUGUGAGGAUGAACAGUUCUCAUGCUACGAAGUCCUGUGUGCUCAUCCUUCUUGUGGCCCUACUGUGGGCAGAAAGAGCUCAGGGGCUGGAGUGCUACAAUUGCCUGGGGGUCCCACUUGAGACUUCCUGCAAUUCAACUACCUGCAUCUUCUCUGAUGGACUCUGUGUUACUCAGAUGGUAGAAAGUAUUAAAGACUUUCAAAGAAGUAAACUAAAGAACCAUUUCUGUGCUCCCAUCUGCCCUGCUGAUAUUGAAAAUUUUGACUUCCUGGGAACUACCCUCAACGUGAAGACUUCCUGUUGCAAGGCAGACCUCUGCAAUGCAGCCGUUCCCACUGGAGGCAGCACCUGGACCAUGGCAGGGGUGCUUCUGUUCAGCCUGGGCUCAGUCCUCCUGCAGACCUUGCUGUGAUGGUCCUUCCAACGACCCCACCCUUGUCCUUUUACCCUCAUGUGUAAGCACUGCUUACUGGAGCCCUCUAGUGAUGAAUUAUGAGUUAUAGAAACUCCAAGGUAAGAGUAGUGUGUGGAACACCUUGUGUCAGCUUUAUAGCCCCUGCUGGGCAGGUGCCCCACUCCUUUCUAGGACUUUCAAAUCUGUACUUCCUAAAAUACCAUUUUGUUGUGACUUGCUAUUCUUGGCCCUGGAGGCACAUGGCCAGCCUAGGUAAGACGCAGAAUUCCAAGGUAUUAUGCCAUCACCAUCCACAUAUAAGUAUCUGGGGUCCUGCAGGGCUCCCACAUGGGCUGCUCAAUGUCCCUCUGUUGACUCCAAUAAACCUUGUUCUU